AAAAAUAGCUAUGCUAUACUCCUUUCUUAAGUGGCCUUCUGGGAGCACUGCAAAGCAUACAUUCAAAAGAUAUGCAGUGUCUUUGAGCAGGAGGAGGUACACACACACACAAACAUUCAUCAGCAAACCAGCAGCAGGCUAUAUUCAGGAUAAACAGAAGGGUCACAUUUGCAAAAUGGCAUCUGUAAUUCGGCUACUGAAAAAAAGGAAGGAGCUCAUUCCCUUGGUGUCGUUUUUGUCCUUCGCUGUCACUGGAGCUUCGGCUUACUGUCUCUACUCUAUUACAUGCAAAACGGAUGUCAUUGUUAACAAGACAAAAAAUCCAACACCAUGGGAGAACAUUGACCCAAGUGUACCACAAAAGGUAACUUACAUUUGA